AUGUUCGGUGGAUUCCAGCCCCCUGCCCUCUCCCGCGAGGAGCUCCAGGCCGCCGAGGCCGAGGCCACCUUCACCAUCCAGCGCGCCGUCUUCACUGCCGUUGCUCUCUACCUCUCUCCCUUCGUCAUUGACGCCGUCAGCAAGGUUCUCUAA